AUCAUGAUGUAUAAAAAAAAUACAUAGUUAUCGCAAAUUGCGAUUGCGCAUAAGUAAUUAAAAUAAUCUUAUCACAAGUUAUAAUAUAUAAAUAUAAUAUCAAAUUUACAGUCUCAUCAGUAAACCUGAAAUUAUCAACAGUACAGGAUUUUCAAUAGAAAAACAUGCCCUCAUACAAAUUAACUUACUUCGAUAUUCCCGGCAUAGCCCAACAUAUAAGAUACAUUUUAUCAUACGCAAACCAGCCAUUUGAAGAUGUUCGUCUGAAUUCUAAAGAGUGGCCAAAACUAAAAGAAAAUUACCCCUAUGGAAAAUUGCCCAUAUUUGAAAUCGAUGGAAAAGUAUUUAAUCAAAGUAACGCCAUCGCCAGAUAUUUAGCAAAACAAUAUGGAUUAAAUGGUAAAAGUGACUUGGAAACCUUGGAAGUGGAAUGCUUAGCUGAUACUUUGGUAGAUUUGAGAAACGGUUUGUCUGCUAUUUUUUAUGAAAAGGAUGGAGAAAAACAAAGAGAGUUAACCAGGAACUUAUUACAGAACCUGUUUCCAACUUAUCUUAAAAAGUUUGAAGAGAUCGCUGCCAAAAGCACAUCUGGAUGGCUUGUUGGCUCUCAGAUUACAUGGGCAGAUCUAUUUUUCGCUUCGAGUCUGGCUCUCUUUGAGGAAAAAUUCCCUGGUGUUUUAAAAUCUUAUCCAGCUUUAACGGCUUUGGUAGAAAAGGUCGAAAAUAUUCCUAGUAUUAAAGCUUACUUGGAGAAACAUCAGAAGUAAAAUUGUAUUUUUAUAUGUUUAUGAAUAUAUUGAUAAAAAUAUA